GAACAACUUGCACAGAAAUUAAGCAAGAGUACUGGUGCCUAAAUAAAAGUUCGUCCAUUAAAACAUCUUAUCAUGCUUAAUUGAUAUUAAUUGUUGAUUGAUGAAGUUGUGGCUUGUGGAUUGAGUUCCCACAAGAACACACUACUACUCAAUCUCUUUGCUUCAAUCCAAAACAGAGUUUCGUUUCUUGCAGAGAGUACAAUAAAGAGAGAAAACGAGAUCUUUUAUCUUGGCUUCAAGAAUCUACUAACCUCUUCGUGUAAGUGAUCUCUUCCUCCAUUUCCCUUUUGUGAAAUAUUCCCCUUCUUUUCUUGAUGCAUAUGCUUUCCAAAGUCUUUUAAGGCCAUACUUUGAUAAAGAAGGAGAAUAGCUUAAUUGAUCAUUUAAUCCUCACUUGUUGUGGAGAUUGUGAGGAAUUAUGGGUGAACACUUUGUAUUGUUGGUGGAUCGAUUGCUCACCGAAUCCACAUUAGAGGCAAUCGAGAGCAGAAACAGGUCGAUGCAAUUAGCCACAUCCUCAGCAGUCGAAAAUCCGAAACUUGAUUACUCAAAUUGCCAGAAGAUAGAUUUUGCGGACAUUUUAUUAACUCCAAGGAAAAUAGUAGAAUGCAGAAUAUGUCAGGAUGAGGAUGAAGAUUCGAACAUGGAGACGCCUUGUUCUUGUUGUGGCAGCUUAAAGUACGCUCACCGCAGAUGUGUACAGAGAUGGUGUAAUGAGAAAGGUGACACGCUGUGUGAGAUAUGCCACCAACAAUUCAAGCCUGGUUAUACAGCUCCUCCUCCACUGUUUCAAAUUGGGCGUAUUCCUAUGAACUUCAGGGGGAACUGGGAAGUUUCAAGAAGGGGCAGUCCACGUAUUAUAAUGGUUUCAACUGAUCGUGAGUUCCUGAAUCCUGAUCAUGAGUAUGAUGAGUAUUCUGCUUCUACUGCAAGAAGUGUAUUAUGGUGUCGAUCAGUCGCGUUCAUUUUCAUGGUUUUGCUGAUUUUAAGGCACACUCUUCCUCUCAUAAUUAGUGGAAACAAAGACUACUCCUUCCCACUUAUUAUGUUAUUAGUUUUAAGAACUGUUGGGAUCGUUGUGCCAAUUUAUGUAAUGGUGAGGCUAGUGACUGCUAUUCAGCGACGCCGAAGCCAACCAGAUUUUUCCAGUUCGUCGAUGACUUCCUCCGACGAUGAAGAAACAGAAUCUUCUUCAGUCCUGCAGCCUCAUAUCAUUCGAAUAGCAACAGAAAAUUAAAGCAACUCAGCAAGAAUCUGGUCUUGGCUUUACGACGAGGAGAAGAAGAAAAAAGAAAGUUGGCCAGCAAUGCUUAGCUGCUGUUAGAUGGUGGAAUCGUGAUUAGUAUCUCCUUUAUCAUCAUAGAAAGAUAGAACACUAGUGAAAAAGUAGAGCUACUGUCAGAACUGUGGACUCCAUUGUGACCCCCAUCAUCUCUAUACUUUGUAAAGAAACCUACCUUGUAUAUAAUAUACAGAAAAUUAUACUGAUUACAAAUGAAGCAACAAAGCUGA